AUGUGGUUGUGUACAGAUGUGGUGCUGUGGUUGUGUACAGAUGUGUUGCUGUGGUUGUGUACAGAUGUGUUGCUGUGGUUGUGUAGAUAUGUGGUGCUGUGGUUGUGUACAGAUGUGUGGUUGUGUACAGAUGUGUUGCUGUGGUUGUGUACAGAUGUGUGGUUGUGUACAGAUGUGUUGCUGUGGUUUUGUACAGAUGUGGUGCUGUGGUUGUGUGUUGCUGUGGUUGUGUACAGAUGUGUUGCUGUGGUUGUGUACAGAUGUGUUGCUGUGGUUGUGUACAGAUGUGUUGCUGUGGUUGUGUAG